UCAGAGGUAUGUGGCUCCUGCACCAGUAGAGGAAGAUCUGGGUGGUAAGGGUUUAACAGCAUCACGGCCCCAUAACCAACAAAUCUCCCCACACGUCAUCACAGUCGCAGUAUAGUCAGGGAGCCACUGCAGAAGCAUAGAGCAUUUGCGAUCGAGAGAGCGGAAUAAAUGUUCGAAACAACCAUCGGAAUAGGGGGUGGGAACCUGCAAGCGAAGAUAACCGUGCUACACGUUCAUCCUCUCAAAACGAUUUAUGGUCGAAUGAGGGUGUGAAGAGGCAGUGGUGAGUUGAUGACCGGUCAUAAAAUUCUGGCAGGAGAGAUGAGGAAGGACGUAAACAAGAGGGGAGAAACAAAAGGAGCAGGGGAAAGGGAGGAGUGAAAGAGAGAGAGUGAAGCAGCAAGAGGUAGAUAAAGAGCCAGAGGGGGCCAUGAGCUCUGCACCGCCCUACGACUCGCUGCCAGCUCGGCCAAGUCCAUGCCGUGCGAAUGAGUGGGAAAGGGAGCUGCUCGGUGCCAAAAGACGGACAUCCACGGUACAGACAGCUCUCCCAACCCUACCCUCUCCCUCCCGCCGGCCCUCCGCACUUCCAGGAUAUUUGCUGUCUCCAUCGCAAGAAUACGUUGACCAACAGCAACGUCUUUCAUUAUCAUUGUGUUCGGAGGGCUCGCUGGCACCCCCUGUGCCUGCUGUGGGUGCUGCCCCACCUUGCUGCCGGGCGACGGGAGUCAUGCCCUUGCUGCGCCUUGCACUCCUGAUUUUCAGCUUUCUUUUUUGGGCGGCAGGGCUUGCGAUCUUCACCCUUGGGGUAUGGGCGCAAGCUUCAUUAUCUAACUACAUGCUCCUGUCAGCUAACCGAUACCCCAAUGCCCCCACAAUCUUGUUAGGCACAGGGGCUGCCGUGACGGCCUGGGGCUUUUUAGGGUGCUUGGGAGUGGCUGCCAACCUUCCUUACUUACUGCGGGCAUAUGGCGUCUUCCAGCUGGCUACGCUUAUAGGUGGACUAGCCGCUGGGCUUUCAGGUCUUUUCUACAGGGAGGAUAUCGCUGAAGGGUUUCAUAGUGGACUACAGAAAGCGGUAAUGGACUACGGAGAAGAUGAGGGCCGUGCAGAUGCGCUGGAUAGCCUUCAGAGGGCGUUGAAAUGCUGCGGUGCCGAGGGUUGGCGUGAUUGGCUCUCGUCCGACUGGGCCACCCAAGAUGGUAUUUACUCAUCGGGACUUCCAGGAAAUGACUCUCUGGCUCUUUCGCUACCAGACAGUUGCUGUGUACGCCGCAGAGGGUGUCGAAACAGACCGUUGCUAGAGAGUGGAGACGGGUACGGUGAUCCAGAGGGGAUUCACGUCCACGGUUGUUUUCGCAAAGUCUUCAGUUUGGUAAAUGACAAAGUCUUUCACAUUGCUGCAACAGUUUUGAGCCUUGCUUUCACUCAGGUGGGAGGCAUCGCUCUUGCAUGCCUUCUUGCCAAUCGUCUUACACCCAGACAGCGACGUCAAGCCCAUUAAUAUUCAGGACUGUCUUGGACCGAGGAGCUUUUAAUUGUGCAUGAAACCCUAUAACUUUAUGUUUUUAAAUUGUAGAUUUGAGCUGUAGUUGUCACUACAAUAAAAAAGGUGCUAUAUAUCGCUCUUAAAGUGGUUCUUUGCUCGUUAUCAUAGAGGAACCCCUGUAUGGUUCUUCAAUGAAUCUAUAUAGCACCUCAGUCAUCCCACAGAGCCGUUGAAGAACCACUGAAGCACCAAAAUUCUAUACAGUACUAAAAGUGGUUCUCCUAUGUUUGCAAGCCAAGAACCACUUUUAGUGCUAUAUAGCGUAGUAACGCUUGCCAUUAUCUUGCUGCAGACGGCAUGGGUAGGAUUGUGAGCUCUAUCAGCAUUUAGUCUUUUUUACAAAUAAUGUCAAAACAGAUUUUAUUAAAUAUUGAGACCAAUUUCGUUGACACGUAACACAUUGUGAAUUGUCUUGUGUAUAUUUUAAUGUGAUUGUUGCAUGAUUUCAGUCUAAUAAUAAAAGUUAAAAAAACUUCACUGAUUAUAUAUGCCAAAUGUAUGUUUCUGUUUCAUACCAGUUUUGUAAUGAGUAGAUCAGAAGGUGGUAUUCUUUGUUAUAUUUGUAGUAAUUUUAAGACAUCUAUAAUAUUACUUGUCUGUUGUUUCCACAUGCAUUCUGUAAAAUGUGUUUCUAUCAUUAGAAAUAUGACCAAUAGUGAUUGUAGUGUGUCUAGCCUUUUUCCUCUUGAAUGCUUCAUUAGCAGGUUAUUGUAUAAUGAUUAUGACAAUUAAAAGAAAAAAACAUGCAAUUGUUGUGUUCUUUGAAAUAAACUGCUUAAGAAGGAUCAUGGAGACUGAAUCAUGUGAAUCAUCUUGCUGCCGAAGAUAUUUGGUUGAAAAAAUUUCCCACUAUUAUGAAAAUACUGUAGUGAACAAAAGCAUGCAUACAAAUCCAAAAAAUUAUUAUUUACACAAUACUUAAACCCCUCUUGGCAAUUUGUGCCGACUUGAUUUAUAUUGAUAUCUCUAAAGAAAGCUGUCUGCA